AUCUUUAUAUUAAAUGACAAUAUAUUUAUAGUAAAUAGUAAAUGUUGAACAGAUAUGUCGUUUUCUGGCAAAAAAUUCAGAAGAACUGGUGGUUCAAAUUUAGACGAUUUUUUUAAAGAAUCAAAUGCUCCUGAACAGUACAAGAGGAUGCUCUGCUCGAACGCGCCGACGUGGUGCUACACCAUGUUGGACCCACAGACCUUACAGUUGGAGGUCCUGGCGGAUAGUUGUCACAUGAAAUACAUAUUCACCCUGGGCGUGGAACAGGAACUCGUGAAAGUUGACGGUGGUAAAGCAUACAUGACAUUCACUUUAGAAGGCGACAACGUGCUGAAACAAAGAAUCAGAAAGCCGAACGGAACAAUUGCAUACUUCAGGAGGGAAUUCUACGAACGAUCAGCUAUAAUGACUAUUACCACGGAGGGGCCGGAUGUUAGGAAGGCACAUAUUUUCUACGAGGUGGUCGACUGAAUACCUACUUUAAAUAGCUUUAAUUAUUUAUUACUAUGAAAAGUACUACUUGCUAAUGUUUUUUUAAUAA